UUGCCGCUCGUCCGGAGACACAUAGAGACGAGGCGAUAAUACUGUGUGUGCGGUCGCCGCCCGCGCGGGGUCUGCGCGACUGGGGCCCCAUAGCAGGAGGACAGGGCUGGGUGUGGGGUGCAGGCUGGGGGAACCCCUGUCCUGGACCUGAGGUGCAAGUUGGGGUCCCUAUGUAUACAUGGGGUGAAAGUUGAGGACCUCCUUUCUCGAUGUGUGGUGCAGGCUGGGGUGACGUCCUGUCCCGGAUGUGGAGCACAGGUCAGCAGUUAAAACUAACUCCUAAAGAGAUGGAAUCACCAUAAGGGAUGUUGGCAGAAGCGAUAAGAAGAGCAACUAGUAAUUUAUUAAGCAGGAUAGCUAAUUAAUCCCUUCCCUGCCUUGGUGCUGAGACCUGACACAGCUCAGUGCAUGAGCCGAAGCUGACAAACCCCAGUGCAGCAGGUCCCAAACAGCCUCUUGAGUCCUAAUGAAGCCUUUGCUCCCAUUAAUAUGGGCUGUUUGGGAACUGGUAAUCCCAAAAGCUCCCAAACAGGAGCUGAACAGGUUCUGUUGCAUGCCCCAACCUGGCCGGAUUACCUGGCAGCAUGGGGGUGUUCAGACAGAAAAAUAAAAUAUUAAGUAACUAAACGCUGGAGCUCCUGGAGCAGAUGGAGCAAUAAAUUCCUGGAUUAUCAGCCAUCAAACAUCUUGCUUCGUUUUAUAUAAAAAAAAUUGAAAAGUGACAGCAAUCCAGCUGGAACAGGAAUUUCUUGUGGAAGGUCAUGUCUGCUGGUGGCUCCAACAGUCCUUAUGCCAAAGUGAUGAGGGGACAGAUCACCCUGUCCCAGCUCUUUUCCGAGAUGGAAGAGGGCUGCAGGCAGCAUGCCACCGCCUCGGGCGUCACCCUGCCACCCACCUUCUCUGUUGCCCAAGCCUUCGAGGAGAUGGCAGCCAAGGGGACGGUCAAUGCCCCCCUCCUGCAGGCAGCAAAGGUGCUGCGGAGGAAUGGAUUUAAGACCUGUGUCCUCACCAACAACUGGGUGGACGACAGCGCCGGGCGGCUCUUCACGGCCACGCUGAUGAACCUGCUGCACCGGCACUUUGACCUGGUGAUCGAGUCCUGCCGGCUGGGAAUGCAGAAGCCAGAUCCCAAGAUCUACACCUACGCCCUGGAUGCGCUGCAGGCGAAGCCACAAGAGGUCAUCCUCCUGGACGACAUCGGGGAGAACUUGAAGCCAGCACAGGAGAUGGGCAUGGCCACUGUCCUUGUCAGGGACACCGAAACCGUCCUGAAGGAGCUGGAGGAGCUCUCGGGCAUCCAGCUUCUCACCCAGCAAGAGCCACUACCAACGGCGUGUGAUCCAACCAACGUGACCCAUGGAUAUGUGCCCAUCCGGCAUGGUGUCCAGCUGCACUUCGUGGAAAUGGGACAGGGCCCUGUCGUCUGCCUCUGCCACGGCUUCCCCGAGUCCUGGCUCUCAUGGCGUUUCCAGAUCCCAGCUUUGGUUGAUGCCGGCUUCAGGGUGAUCGCUCUGGAGAUGAAGGGCUAUGGGGAGUCCACAGCCCCACCGGAUAUAAAAGAGUAUUCCCAGGAGCAGAUAUGCAAGGACCUGGUGGUUUUCCUGGACAAACUGGGCAUCCCGCAGACCGUGCUGAUUGGCCAUGACUGGGGCGGUGCCUUGGUCUGGAACAUGGCUCUGUUCUACCCUGAGAGGGUGAGAGCUGUAGCCUCGCUGAACACGCCGUACCGACCCGCCGACCCCUCUGUGGACAUCGUGGAGAGGAUGAAAAGCAUCCCCACCUUUGACUACCAGUUCUACUUCCAGGAGCCAGGUGUCGCGGAAGCGGAGCUGGAGAAGGACAUCGGCCGGACACUGAAGGCCCUGAUCCGCUCCACACGCCAGGAGGACCGCCUGCCUGUCACAUCUGAAUUCCACCGGGUCCAGGAGCGAGGGGGGCUGCUGGUGGGCCUCCCAGAAAACCCUCCUGCCAGCCAGAUCCUGCACGGCCCUGAGCUGCAGUACUACAUCCAGCGCUUCCAGAAGUCCGGCUUCAGUGGCCCCUUGAACUGGUACCGUAACAUGCGACCCAACUGGCACUGGGCCCUCUCUGCCAAGGACAGGAAGAUCACGAUGCCAGCACUGAUGGUCACGGCUGGGAAGGACAAGGUGCUGCAUCCCAACAUGAGCAAGGGCAUGGAGGAGUGGAUCCCACAGCUGCGCCGGGAGCACAUUGAGGAGUGCGGGCACUGGACGCAGAUGGAGAGGCCGGCGGUGCUGAACAGGAUCCUGGUGGAAUGGCUGGAGGGGCUCCCCCCGGAUCCUCCUCUUCCCAAGAUCUCCAGGCUGUGAGCCUUGCCCCAUGCCUUCCCUCCUCCCCGGGAUGAUUUUGCCUCUAGGGUUGGAUUUUUACCUUUAGGGUUUGAUUUUUGCCUUUAGGUAUUGUUGGGGUGUCGAUGGGUGGAAGCGAUGGGUGAGCCAGGGCUGGGAGGACGGUGGCACAAAGCAUCGCCCCUGCUUUGUGCAGCUAAAAGGAUCCCUGUGAGCUCUUAUGAGGGUGUUGGGAGAUGGUUUGGGGCUGGACCCAUCCUCGUGCCAUGGCAAGGGCUGUGUUGGGGCUGCCCCGUUACCUCAGCCCCAGCCCCAGGGCUUUCCUUGCACAGGGGUUUGGAUGGAGGGUCCCCCAGUUGUGGCUGGGAUUUCAAUGUGGAGGAGAGGUUUUAGUGCACUAAUAAUCAUGAAUUCUGCCUCAGAAAUCACCUUUUGCCUUGUAACAUUGACCAAUAAAGCACAAAGUGACCUGUGG